UCUCGCCGAGAAAGUCUACAAUCCAUGAGACAAGAUAGUAGAACUUCUCGUCGUGAAAGUCUACAAUCCAUGAGACAAGAUAGUCUUCAUGAAAGUCAACAACCUGUAAUACAAGAUAACAGAACUUCUCGCCGAGAAAGUCAACAAUCUUUUAGAAGAGAUAGCAGGGCUUCUCAUCAAGAAACAAAUGUCGAACGUUUUCAAAAUAUAUUACCCUCAACACCAGAACAUGAAGAAACUGAUACUUCUUCUUUAAUUUCUAUUUCUAAUAAACCUCCUCUUCCUAAAAAAUCAUCUUCAAGAUUUCGAGAAAGCAAAGUUCCUGGAACUUGUUUAACAUGUAGAGGAAAAAUCGCUGAAGGAGGUUAUUGUACACAAUGGUGUCAACCUUGUGAAAGUCGAAAAUUUGAAAGAAAAUUUGGAACUUGGACAAGUGGAAGUGAUGUUAUUGAUACUUUAAUUUUAGAAAGUCAAUUGGGCGCUAAAAGUCGUUUUGAUUAUUUAGAAUGGAUACCUUUUAAUAGAUUUAAAGAUGUUCAAUUAAUAGGUUCGGGUGGUAUAGGUAGUGUUUAUCAAGCAAUUUGGUUAGAUGGUCCUAGGGAAAAAUGGGAUAAUAAAUCUAGACAAUAUAUACGUUGCGGUGAAUGGAGGGUUGCUCUAAGAAGUAUAGAUAAUUCUGAAAAUGUCGCUUUGGGCUUCUUUGAUGAAUUAAAAGCUCAUCUUUGUUGCGAAAAUAAUAGCGGAAAUUAUAUUAUUCGAUAUUAUGGGAUAACACAAGACACCGAAACAAAAGACUAUAUGAUCGUCGUACAAUACGCACGUAACGGUAAUUUAAGAAAAUAUAUGAAGAAAAAUCCAACAGGAAUAAUAUGGAAACGUAAAUUAGACAUUUUAUUUGGUGCAGCGACAGCUUUAUAUCGUAUACAUCGUGAAAAUAUUGUACAUCGAAAUUUACAUAGUGGAAAUGUCUUAAUAAAUUCAUAUAUGACAUUAAUAAGUGAUUUAGGUAUAUAUAAUAGAGCUGAUAAUCAUGAAAUGGAUGGAACUUUUGGUGUUUUACCUUAUGUUUCUCCAGAAUUAUUGAGAGGGAAACCAUUAACUACAGCUGCUGACAUAUAUAGUUUUGGUACAAUAAUGUGGGAAUUGGCUUUCGGACGUAAACCGUUUAACGACAGAGCUCAUAAUUUAGAAUUAGCGACAGAUAUUAUUAAUGGAUUACGUCCUGAAAUUAUUGAAGAAAUACCCGAAUGUUAUUUAAAAUUAAUGAAGAGUUGUUGGGAUUCGGAUCCUUUUAUGAGGCCUUCUGCUGAAAAAUUAUAUGGUAUUUUAGGCGAUUGGCUAUGUAAAGCUCAUAAUGUACCAAAUUCAGAAAUUGCGAUGCAGUUUUCGGAAGCUGAACAACGUAGAUUAGAAUCUAUUAAACAAGGAACAAAAUCUUCAUCUACUCCAGAACAAAUUGAAUCACCAGUCCACUCUCCUACUACUUACUCUUCAUUUAAUAAUAUUGGUGAAAAUGUUCAUUCUGAAGCGGCUUUUAAAAGUCGUUACUUAAAAUUUGAGAGUUUACAGGAACCAACUAUAAUAUUUACCAGAACGUAUCAUGCAAGGGAGCAUUUAGCUUUACAAGAAUAUUUAACUGCUGAAACUGAAGCUUAUAAUGCUAAAUAUGAAGCGAUACAAGCUGAUAAUACUGAAAUAGCAGCUGAGAUUUACGAAAUUAUGCAAUACUUGUGAUUGUGUUCUUUUUACGUAUUAAGUAUUUUUAAAAAAAUUAUUUUUAAUGAGAUUCAUAAAUUAUAUUGUAAAUUUUAUCACAUUAUUUUUUCAUAAUCAUUUAUUAUUGUAGC